GUGGAAAGGAGAAAACGUGGCUACGACAGAAGUUGCCGAUAUUUUAGGUCUGAUCAACUUUGUUCAGGAGGUGAAUGUGUAUGGUGUAUCUGUGCCAGGUCACGAAGGCCGGAUAGGCAUGGCAUCCCUACGACUAGCAGAAAGUUGUGAUUUUGGUGGAGAAAUUCUCUACAAGCAUGCAACAGAUUACUUGCCACUUUAUGCAAGACCGUAUUUCGUGAGGAUCCAGGAUGCUAUUGAGAUCACGGGAACAUUUAAAUACCGGAAAAUACAGUUAGCAGAAGAAGGAUUCAAUCCAGCAGUUGUCAAGGACGCCUUAUAUUUUUUGGAUGAUAAAGAGAAGACCUACAUACCCUUGACAGAAGACAUAUAUAACUCAAUAUGUAGCAACAGAUGGAAACUAUAG